AUGGUCCUUGAGUUGCAGUUGUACAACACUGACACCAACACUGGUGAAUCAGCCGAGAUGCCAGCGGAGAGCGCCCAAAGCUCAGAUGGAAUCUCCCAAGAUGAGAUCAAGUUGCUAUUGGGCCAUACCUUUAGAGGUGACCUCGAUGCCAAAUACCAGCAGGGUCUAAGGCUUGAACAGUCAAGCUCUGUCUGUGUUUUUGCUGGCGUGGUGAUAAAAUACCUCCGUGAACCCAAAGUGUUACGUCUUGCAGUGAGGUUAAGGGGUAGGGGGUAUUAUAUCCCCACAGAGGUCGUCCUUAUGCACAAAGCCGCAGGUGGACCAGAGAUGGUGGGCAAAUCUGCGGCCGUGAAUUUACUGGACUGGUAUGACUUGAACACUGUGGUUGUUCUAGUGAUGGAGAAACCAAUCCUCAGUGAAAACCUCCUGCACUACAUUAAGGAGAACAUUGAUCUGAGGGACGAGAGCAAGGCAAAGGUAAUCAUGAAACAGCUGUUGGAGGCAGCCAUCGAUUUACAGAAAAAGGGCGUCUUCCACCGAGAUCUCACACCAGAGAACAUUCUGGUUGAAUUGGGCUCUGCUGUUCCUCGAGUGCGGAUCACUGACUUCGGAUCUGGCUGCAUUUUCAACAACAUCCGAUACUACUACUUGCCUGGAACCAAAACUCGUGCUCCUCCAGAGUUUCUCAUCAGAAGGGAGUACACGCCCGGCCCCAUCACAGUCUGGCAGUUGGGGGCACUGCUUUUUGAGAUGCUAGAUGAAUCCAGACAGUUUUCCACCCAAGGGUUCCUCAAGAAGGAAAUUCAAAUUAUGAGUGAGCUGUCCCAUGGUAAGGACUAG